UUGACAAUUGACAGUUGAAAGAAUUGACGUUGAAUUUGGGAAAAUUUUUUGGCAUGUAGAUUGUGUUUUUAAAUGUCGAGAAAUAAAUAAAUUAAAACUAAGUUUAGCUCAGCUUUAUCCCCAAACAUAUACUUAUUUAAAAUAUUACUUAAAAAUAAUCAAAACUUACACCAUGUUGCGAAGUUUGUCACGGGUUUUAAAAACCACUAAACAAUGUGGAAGGCUUUGCGCUUCAAAUAUUUACAGGCAAAGCAAACAGUUCAGUGGGUUUGUUAAACCGAUAACCAGUUCUGAUAAGUCUGGUCCUGUUUAUAACAAAUGCCUGUGCCGAACAAUGUUUAUACAAACUCAAGACACACCAAAUCCAAACAGUUUGAAAUUCAUGCCAGGAACAAAAGUUUUAGAACCAGGACAGACUAUGGACUUUCCUAAUAUUGGUGCUGCGCAAUGCAGUCCUCUUGCUAAAAUGAUCUUCAGAAUUGACGGUGUGAAGGCUGUCUUCUUUGGCUCUGAUUUUGUAACGGUAACUAAACAAGAUGAUGAUGUCGAAUGGAAAUUACUCAAACCCGAAAUAUUUGCAACAAUCAUGGAUUUUUUUGCAAGUGGCCUGCCGAUUGUGACCGACGCUAAACCAUCUGGAGACACACAAAUAAACGAAAACGAUGACGAGAUAGUGCAAAUGAUUAAGGAAUUAUUAGACACGAGAAUACGUCCAACGGUGCAGGAAGAUGGCGGUGACGUAUUGUUUGUAGACUUUAAGGAUGGCGUAUUAAGGUUGAAGAUGCAAGGGUCAUGCUCUUCAUGCCCAAGCUCCAUAGUAACACUCAAAAAUGGGGUGCAAAAUAUGAUGCAGUUUUAUAUCCCUGAAGUAGUCGCUGUAGAACAAAUAGAUGAUGAAGGUGAAAAAUUGAGUGAAAAGGUAUUCAAAGAAUUCGAACAAUUAAAAACCAAAGAGAAAAAUGAAUAAACAUGUAUCAAUUAAUUUUGUAAGCUUCAAGUAGUGACAUGUAUAUAUAGUUAAUUUUGUUUUUAUAUUGUUAAAUAUAUAUUUUUAUUAGAGUACCAG